AAAAUUGCGAAAGGGCGAAUAACCCGAAUUUUGAAUUUAAUCCCACUGAUUGUUGAUCCACCACAAUGUACAACAAUUAACUACGGUGAUGUUCAAGUUCUGAAUAAGAGGAUUGAAUUACAAGGCAAAGAAUUUGAGCAGUGCCAACAGCAGCAGCAUCAGCAGCUACAACAACAGCAGGAACAGUUUCAGCAGCAGGAAGAGUUUCGGCAGCAGGAGGAGUUUCAGCAACAGGAAAAGCAACAGAAUGAGUUUCAGCAGUAAGAAGAACAAUCAAAUGACAAUUUCGUGCUAGAAAAAGACUAUCUAAGAGCCCCUGUGAAAAGAAAAUUAAUUUAUCCUGAUGAAAAUAUGACAAUCAAAAGAGUAAAACAUUCUGAGCAUAACAUAGAUUAUAACGAUGAAAUAAAUCUCGAAGAUGAUGAAAAAAUUCUGAAAAUAAUUGUAGAGCUGAAUACAUUGUUUCCAAUCGGUUGGAGUUUUUUUCCUGGUGUUAAUCAAUUAACAGCACUCCAAUUAGAUCGUAUAAAAUUUAAGGAAAUAGCUCGAUUAAAAUUAAGUGACGAUGGAUCUGUUUUGGUUACAUACGUAGAACGCGUUGAAAAAAAAUUGGAUGUACCGAUAAAGUCUAUCAAUGACUUAAUUGAAUGUUCCGAAUCUUUCCAAGAAAAAAAAUUAUGUUCAGGGACAGGGUUUGAUAGAAAAAGUUAUUCACAAAGAUGUCAUGGGGAUGUAACGGAUAACUAUAAACGUUGUCACGCUUGUCCAAGGCGCCCUGAAUGUCGAAAACUGCGUUUAAAUUUACUGAAAGCAGAAAAAGAACGAAACCAUGAAGCUAAAAAUAAAAGGACUUCUAAAAUUCCAACUGAACUGCCUAAACAAACAAAACGAAUGCAACAACAGUUGCGAUCAUCAGCAUCAAAGCUACGAGUUGUUCAACGAAAAGCGAAAACAUUUUAUGAGGGCCAAUUUAAUAAAAAAAUUUCACUACUCCCAAAACAGCAACAAAUUACUGUCAGAAUAUGCUUUGAAAAUAGUAAAAGGAAAGGUCCAACAGGUAGAAGAUAUGAAGUGGAAUGGAUUUACGAAUGCCUCUUGAUUCGCAUGAAAAGUACUUGUACAUAUAAUAUGAUUCGAGCAAGAAAUAUCAUUCCUCUACCAACUAUUGAUACUUUAUCCCGAUACAUUCAAAAAAUUAGCUCUUCUAUUUUUGGACUUUUACCUGAAACCUUCAAAGUUUUAAAAGAAAAAGGACUAUCGAUGGCCUCUGGAGAUCGAAUAGGUCAAAUUUCAGCUGAUGAAAUAAAACUUAUGGAAAAUAUUGAGUAUAACAAAAAGAUUGCUGAAUAUACUGGUUUCUUUGACCUUGGAAAAUAUACAUCUGCAUCUGAUAGUGAUGUUGCUGGAGACCAUGCUCUCGUAUUUAUGUUUGUACCGUACAGAGGCAAUUCUGCUCAGCCUUUAGGAUGUUUUAUUACUAAAAAUUCAAUAACUAGUGAAGUUCUUCAUAAGUUAUUCUUGGAGUGCAUUAUUCUUGUUGAAAAUGCUGGUUUCCAUAUGAAUUCGAUCGUUACUGAUGCUGCACAAUGAAACCGUGGUGUUUGGACGAAAUUAGGAGUUGAUCCCAAUAAUAUCAGCUGUAAGCAUCCAUGUGAUUCUAACAGAAGAUUAUGGGUAAUAUCCGAUUUUCCGCAUUUAGUUAAAUGUUUUAGAAAUGGAUUAAUUGAAUUAGAUGAAUUCGAGACACCAGUAGAGAUUGUAAAAAAAAAAUAUUGGGAAAACCUAUUAAAAGUUGAGCAGUUUG